AUGGAUAAAGCGUUCAAAGACCAGAUCGGAAGAAAUCUAGAAAUUUAUGUGGAUGACUUGGUCAUAAAAAGUCAAGCCGAAGAUAAUAUGAUCGACGAUAUACUCGAAACCUUUGCCAGGCUUCGGAGUAUCAAUCUCAAACUUAACCCCAAAAAGUGCUCUUUUGGCUUGGAAGAAGGAAAGUUUCUAGGGGUAUGGAUAACACGAUCCGGAAUACAGGCACAUCCAGACAAAAUCGAGGCAGUAGUCUCCAUGCAGCCCCCAAAGACGGUCAAAGAAAUCCAAUCAUUAAAUGGGAAGUUGGUAGCACUCCAUCGUUUUGUAUCAAAAGCAGCUGACUGCUCCAUCCCUUUCAUGAAUGUGUUAAAGAAGCGAACAGAAAAAGGUCAGAUAGUAUGGACACCGGAAGCUGAUUCGGCAUUCCAAGAGUUGAAAGUAUGUCUCGGAUCGUUACCCACUUUGACCGCCCCAAUUACUGGUGAAACUGUCACAGUGUAUCUCUCCGCCUCUCAUUUCACGGUAAGUGCGGUACUCGUGGUAUAUCGGGAUCAAGCACAAAUCCCAGUUUACUACGUAAGCCGCAUCCUGAAAGAUUAUGAAACUAGGUACCCAAUGAUAGAAAAAUUGGCACUCGCAUUGGUGCAUGCCUCCAGACGCCUCCGAAGAUAUUUUCAGGCUUUUAACAUAGAGGUGCGAACUGAUCUCCAGAUCCAACAAAUUCUUAGAAAGCCCGAGGUUUCAGGACGCUUAACCAAGUGGGCUAUCGAACUCAGCGCAUUCGAUAUCACCUACCGAACUAGGGGACCGGUAAAGGGUCAGGCUGUGGCCGAUUUCCUUGCAGAGGUACCAGUCGGGGAAAGUACCAAAGAAAAGACCGUCCCGCCAAAAGUAUGGAACCUAUAUACAGACGGAGCCUCCAGCAAAGAGGGGCCAGGAGCCGGGUUGAUCCUGAUAGAUCCAGAGGGAAUGGAAUACACUUACGCCUUACGCUUCGAUUUUAAGACCUCAAACAACGAAGCAGAAUAUGAGGCUCUCCUAGCAGGGCUCCAAACCGCAGCAAAAGCCGGUGCGUCCUCCGUAUUAGCACAUGUUGAUUCAUUACUAGUCGCCAAUCAGAUUAGCGGAGAGUAUGAAGCACGAGAAGAAAACAUGAUCCGGUAUCUAAGCCAAGUUAACAGUUUGAUCGCUUCAUUCGAUUCUUGCAAGAUUGUUCAUAUACCGCGAAGCAAGAAUAAGAAGGCGGAUGCUUUAAGCAAACUUGCUUCCGUAGCAUUUUGCCACUUAUCUAAAGAAGUGCUAGUCGAAACUUUACAAGCUCCGGCCGUUCAACAAGCGGGACCUGUAAUGUCCGUCUCUGUGCAACAAAAAUCUUGGAUGACUCCGAUCUUGGAAUAUUUGAAAGAUGGCUUACUACCGGAGGAGAAAGCUCAAGCCCGGAAGAUAAAAGUAAAAGCGCUGCAGUAUCAGGUCCAUGAUGGACAACUUUACAGAAAGACCUUCCUGGGUCCACUCCUGAAAUGCUUAACUCCAGAAGAAGCCAGUUAUGUCAUUAGGGAAAUCCACUGGGGAAUUUGCGGCAUUCAUGCUGGACCAAGAAUGGUCGUCGCUAAGGCUAUGAAUGCCGGGUAUUUUUGGCCUGGUAUGCACCAAAGUGCCGUCAGGGAACUACAAGCAUGUGAAGAUUGCCAAAGGCACGCACCUGUUAGCCACAUGGCCAAAAACAACCUUAUCCCCGUAACCUCCGCAUGGCCAUUCCAGAAAUGGGGGAUUGACAUUGUUGGCCCUUUCCCAGCUUCCACCGGAGGGGUGAGAUUCCUGUUGGUCGCCAUUGAUUACUUCACAAAAUGGAUUGAAGCUAAACCCCUCCGGACCAUCACAGGAGAGCAAGUGCUAAGAUUGAGCAGAGUUUUGCUUCGGUUGCCCAUCCCCAGGCUAAUGGGCAAGUAG